CUAAUGCCGGCGUCGCGACGAAUCGCACGACUCGGUAGUCUGGAGGGAGCUCAAGCCCGUGGGCGAGAACGCCAGACGCAGUUAGGCACUUGGCUGCGAAGGAUCCCUUGACUGCCGCCUGAGGGCUUGGUGGCCAGCCCUGUGUCAGACUCUGUCGCGCUGCCUCCGCAAUUGCUGCUCAUCCAUCUUCCCCGUGCUGGAGGUAUUUGGUAAUGUUGGAGUGGUGAUUCUGUUGUCGAGGCUGCAUGUUUGGCCCCUCGCUCCGUUCGAUCUAGCGCCAUGCUCCUCUCCGGCCGUUGCGCCUACACGACCCUCCUAUCGUGGACGUUUCUCUCGCUGUGCUCGGCCGCGUAUGAGCAGAAGAACUCCACCAGCGUCCCGGGCUAUACGCUGCCGCGGGGAGUGGAGAGCGUGCCGGUGCCUUUAACAGUCGCGCCGGACCAGGGCUGGGCAGGCAUUGAUGGGCAGUGGAAUACCUUCACGCUGCGAGUGGGCGCUCAACAAGCAGUGACUCAGGUCGUCCCGUCCACAUCCAGUCAGCAGAUAUGGGUUGUGAACAGCGAGGCCUGUGAAGUCAAUGACACCAGCUCCAGCGACCCGCAGGCGGUCAAAGCCGAUCCGGAUUGCGAAUACAAUCGGGGGUAUGUGUUUAACAUCUCACAAUCACGGAGCUGGGCCGCGCAGGGUUACUACAGUCUGUGGAUUGGCGGUACAUAUGGAAUAGAAGGCAAUGGUUUCUAUGGGUACGAUGCGGUGGGGCUUGGCCUACCAGGAGAGGAGGGCCCGGCGGUCGCCAACACCACGAUCGGUACUUUGAGGACUCCCGAGUUCUGGCUCGGCCAUCUGGGACUCCAUCCGAAGUCGACAAACUUCUCUGCGAAUUUGAUCGACACCCCUCCCGUACCCAGCUACAUGACGAGGCUCUUCAAGCAAGGCAACAUCCCCAGCAUCUCGUUCGGCUACACAGCGGGCGCCCGGUACCAUGAUGCGAUAUUUCUUGGUAGCCUGACCCUUGGCGGCUAUGAUACCUCCAGAUAUAUUCCAAACAACGCUUCUUUCGUCUUCUCGCCGGACAACGAACGUGAACUGGUGGUAGGACUCGCUGGACUGACUGCUAAAACGACCACUCAGUCCAAUAUCGACCUCAUGGCGAACCAACAGGAUGACGUCGUCUUGCUGAUCGACACGACGGUAGCAGAGCUCUGGCUACCGCUCGCGAUCUGUCAGGCGUUUGAGGAAGCGUUUGGACUGACGUACGACAAUGCAACGCAGCUGUAUCUCGUGGACGAUCUGCUGCACCAAACACUACGGGCGCAGGAUCCUAGUGUCACGCUCACCUUUCACCAGUCGUUUACAACAAACGAGACAGUCCAGAUUACAUUGCCGUACUCGGCAUUUGACAUGGAGGCGCAAGCUCCUUACCGAGGGCUGAACCGGACGACAAGAUAUUUCCCCCUGAGGCGCGCCGCGACCAGCAACCAGUGGACUUUGGGGAGGAUGUUUUUGCAGGAAGCCUACAUCACCGUCGACUGGGAGCGAGCUCGAUUCAGCAUUUACCAGUGCGACUGGACCUACGGCCAGCCAAGCAAUAUUGUCUCUAUUCUCUCACCCGAGUACCUGAAGGCGGUUGGGGGCACGGACUUGGACACUGGCGUCAAGGUCGGAAUUGCGGUUGGCUGCAUUGUUCUGGUGGUUAUGAUAGUCUCCGCGACCGCGGGAUACUACUGGCGUCGCCGCUGCAACACAUUAGUAGCACAGCGCCGAGCGGAAGCGGCUGAGAUUGAGGCCGCACGCAAAUCGUCACCCGCCGACACGGACGAGGCGCCGUCCUCACCCGUGAGCGAGAAGGGCCCGACGGUGUUCCCCAAGGCCGAGCUGCCCGGGCACUCGAGCAUCCAGCGGUACGAGUUGGGCAGCGGCGGGAAAGAAAAGGGGUCACUGGAGGUUCUGGAAGCGGACAGCACCGAGCGGCCGGUGUACGAGAUGCUGGGCGACGUGCCGGCGCCGCAGGAGGCCGCUGGGCGGCAGCUGUCGGAGAAGGAGACUAUGAUGGUGCGGGAAAAGAUGAUCAACGGCUUCGAUCCACACGCAGACGAUCAGCCCGUGUCGCCUGUCGGCCGGCCUGCGCCGAUUGCGUCCCUCAACGACAUCGCCAUGGUGAGCGCGCGGCUGCCGGGCGACGCCGUCUCGCCUGUCACGCCGCGGGGGCCCAGAGACGGGGCGCUGCGCGAGACGUUCUUCCAGCUGCCGGGGCGGGCGGACGACUUGCUGUCGCCCAUCUCCCCGCUGCACGCGUCGCCGUCGCCGACGGACAGCUCGCGGCGGCGGUUUUCGUACGAGUCAUGAACACGGAGGGAUUUUUCUGCAGGCGUUGGAUGGCGCUGGUGGAUGUGCAGGACGGCGUUGGGUGGAUUGCAGGGGCGUUGGGUGGAUGUCAGGGCGUUGGAUGUGCAGGGGCGUUUCUGGGUGGAGUCUUAGCGCUCCGGGUGGCGGGUAUGGCGUCGACGGCGACGUCCUGGUCCUUUGUUGCUGCUGUCGCGUUCACGAAUACCCAAGUGAUGCUCUCGCGCUGGUCUUUGUGUUGCACGUGCAUCCCUUGCUGUGCGCAGCAGUGCACACAAUCGCACGCUGACGCCCCGCUGACGGCCGUGGCCUGACACAAAGGCCGGGCAAUACGGGGC